AGAAGAAGAAGACGACGACGUAUCGUGGUUCAGUUUCACAUGCUGAAGUGAUUUCUGAUGUUAGCGUAUAGUUUAAAGUAUAAUUUUUAAGCCAACUACUUCAUUAAGACAAUGGCGGAAAAAGCGGAAUUAAAAAUAAAUAACACAUUUGCCCAGAAAUAUGAGAAAUACCGUCAGAAGGAAGAGUUGCAGAGACUGAAGGACCGAUAUGGAGACCAAACUGAUGAUAGUAAAUCGUCUGAAUCCAGUUCUGAUGAGAGCGAAGUGGAGCUCGACCCUGCAGUGGAGAGGGAUUUCUACAGAACGCUGUCUCUCCUAAAGAAGAAAGACCCUAAAGUCUACCAAAAAGAUACCAAGUUCUACUCAGAAGUAGAUGCAUCCACUAGUGAUGUUAAGCCUUCGAUGUCUAAAACGGUAAUAAAGCCCAUGUAUCUCAAGGACUACGAGCGCAAAGUCAUUUUGGAAAAAGAAGGAAAAUAUGAUGACGAUGAGGACAGUGAUAGCGAAGAGGCUGCUAAGAGAAGAGAGAAAGCUGCCUCCCCCAGUUAUAUUCAGGAGCAGAAGGAGCUGAGGGAAAGUUUCCGUAAGUUUGUCCAGGACAGUGAUGAAGACGACAGUGAUGAAGAGGGAGUGUCCCAGCUGCUCACCAGGAGGGACAAAACACAGGAAGAGAAGGACAAAGAGGAGGCAGACUUUGUGGAAUGGCUGAAAGGCCAGGCCGAGCUUGAGGGUUCAGAGGAGUUGAAGGACAUGAAGUACCUGAGAGACUACUGGAAUGACCCAGAGCUGGAUGAGAAGGAGCGUUUUCUGAGGGAUUAUGUCCUAAAGCAGGGCUACCGAGACGACGAUGACGAGGGUGAAAGGAUACCUACCUAUGAGGAGGUGCUCCAGGAUGAAGUUGAGGAUUCUGAGGAAGAAGGGGAGAUGUUCUUAGCGCGUCAGGCAGAUUUUGAGAGAAGCUACAACUUUCGCUUCGAAGAACCAGAUGCUCAGCAGAUCAAGACCUAUCCCCGCAGCAUCGCCACCUCUGUGCGAUCGAAAGAUGACAGCAGAAAACGUAAAAGGGAGGAAGUGAAACAGCGGAAGGCGAAGGAGAAGGAACAGAAGCACGAACAGCUGAAACAGCUCAAGAACUUGAAGCGAAAUGAGAUCAUGGAGAAACUAAAGAGGCUUCAGGAGCUGACGGGAAAUGAGCAGCUUGCCUUCAGUCAGGAAGACAUCGAGAGAGACUUUGAUCCACAACAACAUGACCAGCUUAUGCAGAAAGUCUUCGGUGAUGAAUAUUAUGGUGAAGAGGAGGAGGAAAAGCCUCAGUUCGAUGACGAUGAUGAUCUUGAGGCAGAACACUGGAACUGGGACACUUGGAUGGGAGGAGAGGAAGGGGAGUAUGAAGCUUCUGAACCUCACUGUGAAGAUGAUGGCUUCAUUAUGGAUGCAGACUACGACCCCAACCAGCAGGCCACCUCCAAGAAGAAGAAGAAAAAAGACAGGAAGAUGAUGAGGAAAGAAGAUAUGCCACAAAUGGGGAAAAAGAGAAAAAAAUCUUACUUUGCAGAAGUCCUCACCAAAAACAAGCCUGUGUUUGAUCCUCAGGAGAAAAGUUUUGAGCAGUACCUGGAUGAGUACUAUAAACUGGACUAUGAGGAUGUCAUUGACGACCUCCCCUGUAGAUUCCGCUACAGGCAAGUCCUGCCCAAUGACUUCGGGCUGUCCACCAAUGAGAUUUUAAGUUCUACUGACAAGGAACUGAACCAGUGGUGCUCUUUGAGAAAGACGUGUAUGUUCAGAUCUGACCGGGAAGAGAUGAGUGAUCUGAAGAACUAUAAAAUCAAGGCACAGAAUAAAAAGAAGAAACAGGAAAUUCUGAGAUCUGUGUAUUCAGAAGAGGAUAACGAGGUGGCAGAGGCAAAGACAAAGGUGGGGAAGAAACGAAGAGAGCGCAUGAAGAAUGCUGAGAACCAAAACAAGAUAGAAGAGGAAGGUGAUCUGUCCUCGGUGCUGGAUUCAGAAGAGACACUAACCCGGACCAUCGGAGAAGCAGUGAGCAGCGAGGAGGAGGAGGAAGCAUUUCUGAUACCCAAGAAAAAGAAGUGCCAAGAGGAGACGCAGACGGUUGUCUGUGCUGAGGAAGCACAAGAUAAAUCUGAAAAUGUCAGAAAAGUGGCUCAAAAUCCAAAGGGGCCCAAGAAGAAACCCAGACAUUCAGGUGGACGCCUCCUAUCACGAAGUUUUGGUGUGAAAAUAGGAGGCAGAGAAUUCAGUAAACAGAGACUGGAGGCAUAUGGUUUGAACCCCAAGAGACUAUACUUCAGACAACUGGGCAGACAGAAACGAAAAGCCCAGGAGAAGAAAGAAAAGCAAAAAAACAGGCAGUGACUUCUGUUCGGAUCUGAAAUACAGUAUAUUUUUUAUUCUAAAUAUUAGUGAAAAAAUUUAAUAUUUUACAUAUUCUGACUGAAGAAAUUGUCAGAUGUGACAUAGCAAAAAAAAUGGUGCUUUUGUGUAAUGUGUGUAAUUUUACACUUGUAAAUGAGUCAUUCCAGCAUUUUGCAAGAGAAUUUUUAACAAAAUAACAGCCAUUUGCAGCUAUGUGAAGCUCACAUGGUUUCUUUAUUUUUGCAACAGAUUACAAUAAAAAUUGCUUCAAAGUGCUA